GUCUCACCUCUCUGUCCUUAAAGUUUAUAGGUGCAACUCACGUUCAAUUCAUUCUUCAUGUUUUCAGUUUUCUUUUGCAUUAAUUAUUAUCAUAUCUGUAGAUGCACCAAAUAUUCACACAGCUUGGUUAAAUGUUUUGAAUUCUGUUCCAAGAAAAUUCAUUUUGAAUGAUGAAAUUCGAAGACUUGUUGAUGCAGCCAAGCGACGAUAAACAGAAAAAAUUACUUCUUGAAGAAGAGGUUGAGGAACUGCGACAAGAAUUAGAUGGACAACUUCAACUGAAAACAGUUUUGCAAUAUGCAUUACAAAGACCCACAGUUGGCUCUUUCCCCUGCCUCUCCACCCUACCUCGCCGGGUUCAACAUCUGCUGGAAGAAGUGGUUAUGGCAGAGGAAGAGAUAGUUUGGCUAGAGAGGAAAGUCGACGUGCUAAAGCUAAAGCUAUACAGAGAGAAAGAAUUGGCAGAAAGAUGGGAAAUGUUGCAGUUUAAACAAGUGCACCAACAGCAGCAUGAACGACUAAUAUCAAAGCCAUUGCCUCCUCCCCGGCCUGACAGAUCACAAAACUAUCAACAACUUAGAAAACAAUAUCGAAUACGAAAAGAAAGAAGAGCCUCUGUUGGUUCCUCCAUCGAUUUCCAUAUCAUUACUUCCCCAGUUAACCGUACUGCAGCCGAAAUAGUCGAGAGUAGUUCCAGAGAUUCAAGAAGCCGCAGACACAGCGAUCCAGAUAUAGAAAUAGAAAAUAAGAAGCCAAAUAAGUUGUCGGAAGAAGUAAUCAAGUGCUUAAUAAGUAUAUAUCUCAAGUUGAACAAGGCAUCACUAGAGAGUAAUGGGUCAUCCACUGCUGCUAUUGUAAAACAAUCUCUAAUUUCUUCCAAGAAAUCAAAAAGCAGCUUCAUAUGCAGCAAAACCUCAUUAAAUUGUACAGCAACAGCCGAUGCUCCCACGAUGUUGCUAUUCAACGAUUACGCAUCAAAUCUUGAUCCUUAUGGGAUAUUGCUAGACACUGAUGGAAGCCAUAGAGAGAUCGGAUCGUACAAGAAUUUCAUUCAAGUCUCAAGAACUUCUCUCAACACAAGCCAUAUACCCGAAUGUCUUCUCGAGAUGAGAAAGUUGAGGUCUAUGGUGCAAAAAUUUAACAAUCUGGACAUAACUUGCUUGACCUACAAGCAGAAGUUGGCAUUUUGGAUCAAUGUCUAUAACAUCUGCAUAAUGAAUGCAUUUCUGCAACACGGUUUGCCUUCUACAAAGGAGGAACAACUGUCUCUCGUAAAUAAGGCCGUGAUCAAUGUUGGUGGUGUUGUACUUAACGCGUUGGCCAUUGAACAUUUCAUCCUUAGGCAUCCAGGGGAUGCUGAACAUGGUUUGAGAGAUGACAACGAAAGAUUUCUGAGGAAUGCUUAUGGUCUCGAGUAUCCAGAACCUAAUGUCACGUUUUCACUAUGUCGAGGAAGCUGGUCUUCACCAGCUCUGAGGAUCUACAGACCGGAUGAAGUUACGAACGAGCUGGAGAGAGCAAAAAUGGAAUAUUUGGAAGCUUCAGUGGGAGUGACAAGUAAGAAGAAGAUAUUGGUGCCAAAGCUAAUGCAAUGGCACAUGAAGGACUUUGCAGAUGAUAUGGAAUCGCUAGUCGAAUGGAUGUACAGCCAAUUGCCAAGCUCUUGCUCUCUGAAAAGGUCGAUGAUGGAAUGCCUUGGCGUCGGGGAAAAGAAAUCUCUUUCUCUUGCUAAGAUGAUAGAGGUUCAACCUUACGCCUCAGAAUUCCGAUACUUGCUCCCCCUGUGAACAUAACAACAACAGUCGAGAAAAAGUCUUAAAUCUUAAUAAUUCAGAUCUCAAUCAUUAAGUUUAUUUGAUUUUUAAGCGUGAAUCUUAAUCGUUAAGAGUGUUUGUAUUUUUAAAAGAAAAAAGUUUCACAACCACUAAAUGGUUGGUUAAGAUGUAUCACCAUUUAUGUAAUAAAACACACCUAGUUGACAGUUUUGGUAGAAAAAUAGAAUAGCUGAUAGUUGGUCUAAUCAGCUUUGAGGUGUAUUUUAAUACAUAGAUGGUGAGAGUUCAGGUAGUAAAAGAAAACAAUCAAUAGUUGGAGUGAAGUGAUAGUUCAGGUGUGU